AUGCUCGUAGAUUUUGCCUUAGAUGUAGUUGGAAAAAUAAAAUCAGAAAAUCAAGAUCAUUUAAAUAAGAUCGUUCGAUUGGCGAUAGAUAAAAAUGAAUCAUUAAUGAACAUUUGGAAAUUUCUGGUAACUCGAGAGGACGAAAAUUCCAAAAUUAAAAAAUUUAUUUCUUUAAUGAAUAUUUGCUUUAAUAUGAACUUAAAGAAAGUUGAAACAACUUAA